AUGCCGCCUAUUUGCAAAUUCUGGCAGCAGGGCAACUGCCGAAACGGAGCGUCCUGUCGCUUCGAGCACCCCGGUGCCAACACGAACCCGUUCGGGGCUCCCAACUCCAACGCGAACCGCUUCAGCGCCCUGAGCACAGGAGGAAAUAGGCUGCAAGAUGCCCCAAACCCUUACAAGAUUACGCCAGAGAGUAUCAAAGUCGACCUUAUAGACGAGCGGCCGUCAUGGAUCCUAUCCUCUUACGGCCCCGGGAGGGACGCUCCAGAACAGUUGUUUGGAGGAUACCCACGAGAGCAGAGCCUAGAGGAAGUCAUGGUGCAUAUUAGGGGCUCUAGUAAUCAGCAGCAAGCGAUGUCCGAUGUCACAGCCCUCUGUCAGCAAGCCGAGCAACAAAUCCAGACGACCCUUAACAAUUUAGACGGUGCAGUGCAAUUCAUCCUAGCUGCUGAGAACAACCACCCGAACCGUAUAGAUAUUUGUAAACAGAGUGCUGGGGAUGGAGGCACAACCGGAGUCUUCUUGAGGGAUGCUGCCGGUCCACUGGCUGGUUUCUCGAAUCCUCUUACGGCGAAUACCAAUACUGGCCAGAAUCCCUUCUCGUUACGCCCCCAGGAGAACCCAUUCAGCAGCAGUGGAGGAGGUGGUAGCAGUGGCACUUCAGCAUUUGGCCAGCCGUCGGCUCUGGGACAGCGGCCAAAUCCCUUUAGUUCAACCUCGACGUCUACAACCUUUGGCCAGCCAUCCACGAUGGGCGCGUCGGCGCCUACGUUUGGGCAGCCAUCCCGGAUGGGUGCUGGUGGCCCGGCAUUCGGACAGCCAUCGGCCUUAGGCCAGAAGCCUAGCCCUUUUAGUGCGGCUUCUUCUGGGUCAGCUGGCUUUAGCCAAACUGCGCAACCAGUUACCGCCUUCGGCCAGCCGUCCACCGUGGGACAGCGCCCGAAUCCCUUCGGCGCGCCAAGUUCAGCCCCGGGUCCUUUCUCCCAAACUUCGGCGCCGAAUGCAUUCGGCCAGCCAGCGCCUUCCAACCCCUUCGCUCAGGCACCGGCCACAACGAACACACCUGUCGACCAGCCGAUGGAGACUUCGAUUUCCUCACCAGCUGCUAGGAAUCCCUUUGGGCAGCCAUCCUCGAGCUCCCCUUUCUCAGCCCCUGGAAAUAACCCGUUUGGAGCACAACCGCAACAGCCCUCAUCAGCGUUUGGAGCCACGGCGAAUACCCCGUUUGCCCAGGGACAGACUCAGCCCUCUUCUACAACCACGGGCGGCGGCAACAACCCAUACGCGCCGAACAGCACCAAGAAACAUCCAUCGGUCGAAAGUUACAUUAACAGGGCCUCGAGUGGACAGAUAACAUCGUUUAAUGGGCUUCCCGUGGUUUACAGAUGGAAGGUAAACGAUAAGUACCAAGCUGCGGCGCCUCAGGAUCAUGCAAGUGGAGAGCCCCCGGUGCCAGGCGUGCGGAACGCGGACGGGUCGUGGCGGAAAAUAUUCUUUCCUAAUGGUCCGCCUGGUUAUACCAAAGACACGGAGCCUGAUCCUGCAACGUACGACAGCAAUACCCAAGCAGCGUACGCGACCAUGGUUGCCACUGGCCGGUUCGAAGGAGAUAUGCCAGAAGUGCCACCUAUGAGGGAGGACUGUGUAUGGAAUUUCUAA